UUCAACUUUGGCAUGAGCGCUGCGACACCGGCAGCGUCGACGUCAGCGCUGUUUGGCGCCUCCAGCACGCCCUCUGCAACUGCCUCCUCCGCUCCUGCCGCUUCGUUCCCCGGAGGCACUGCCGCUGCCUCGGGCGGGUCCGCAGCAAGCGCCUCCGCGCCCGCUGCCCCCAGCACCGGUGCCAGCAGCGGCGGCUUCGGCUUUGGGUUCGGUGUCGCCCCCGCGGCCCCAGCUGCCACCUCCAGCGCGCCUGCCGCCCCCGCGGGAGGGCUGUUCGCUACCGCCAGCACCGCCGCAGCGGGUGGGGGCGGGCUGUUCGGCAGCACCUCCGGCAGCAGCGGCAGCCUCUUCGGCGCUCCCGCCGCUGCACCCGCCAUCAUCCCCUUCGGAGCCAGCUCUCUGGGAUCCACCGCGGGCACUGCCGCCCGCCCUGCGGUGCCACCUGCAGCUGCGCCCGCCCCCGGCGCCAGCACUGCCGGUGGGGGCGUUACGACCGCCGCCAGCGACACCACCCCCCGGCCGCCGCCUGCAGCAGCAGCUGCAGCAGCUGCAGCCGCCAAGCAGCUCCUGCCAGAGUGCGGCGAGCUGGAGCAGGCGGAGGACGUGGGGUUCUACUUCCGCUACCUGGGCGGCCUGGCGUUCCAGCGCCUCGAGGCGCCGCUGGAGGCCCCCGGCGCCACGGCGCUGGUGGCGGCGAGCAGCAAGUACGGUACCGUGUUCUUCAGCGACCUGGCAGGUGUCUACGCUCUCCCCACACGCGACCUGGCAUCCAAGCUGCGCAAGGAUGUUGCGGCCGAGGGCUACUCGCCGCCCCCGCCCGCCGCUGCCUGCGCCUGGCACCAGCCGCUGCCGGGCAUCACGCAGCUCGCCCUGUCCGCCG